AUGGAUCACUUGCCCAACUUGCAGGAAAUACACUUGGCAGGCAUGCUAGAUUCAGGAGUAGUACAAGUUAUCAAGGCAUUGGACAAGGAUAUUGGUGCCGAGCGAAUGUCAAGCAUGGAACUCUCAUGGAAGGCCAAGUAUGGAAUCAAUGCAGACGGCAUACUUGCUGGAGGAGAGAAGAUCAGUCAGGUACCUCCAUCAUUGAGAAGACGCUUCAAAAAGUUCAAUUUGGUGAUUGAUAUUCUUGUGGAUGACGAAGGAUUGAGUAGGAUCAUUGAGGAGGUUGGAAAGCUUCGACCCACCUAUCUCAAACUCUGGAUGACGGCAGAGGAGCCCGCUUGGCACAUGAGCUACGAAGACCUCAACCCAGAGAAUGGACGACUGGAGACUCUCAUCAUUGGAGGUGACUAUCAACAACAACAGCAUCAACAACAACAGCAGCAACAACAACAACAACAACAUCAACAGCAUGUUAAUCAACAAGGUCAACAGUAUAUUUACCAAGCGCCACCAUCUCAUGAGGUGCCAUAUUUCAACUACUACUGGGGCCAACAACAACAACAACAACAACAUCCUCAUCAACAACUAGCGCAUCAACAACAACAGCACUAUCAUCAAUGA